AGCAAGGAAGGCUUGGCAGGCAGAGGCUGCUCCACGUUGGAAGCUGCGGGAGUCUGUCUUCAGCCCACCUCCUGGGACACUUCCUAGCCAAGCCAGGGAGCUUUCAGGAUUGGAGACCUGGAAAUCUCCAAGGCCCUUUCCUUUUUUAUUUUUUUCUAACAGAGAGGUUGUGCAAAGUGUUCUGAGAGCUGGGAGCAGAGUGUGAUGCCAGGAGGGGGCAGAGCUGGCAGAUGGAAGCCAAAGGUAAUGGAGAUAUGAAGGAAGAACCAGCUGCACAAUUGGGUUGUUACCAUAGGCCCAUGGCCCUGGGAGGUACAGGGGGCUCCCUGUCCCCCAGCCUGGGCUUCCAGCUCUUCCGAGGUGACCAGGUCUUCUCAGCCUGCAGACCACUUCCAGACACGGUGGAUGCUCAUGGCCCAUCCUGUGCCAGCUGGCUGUGUCCCUUGCCCUUGGCACCGGGCAGGUCUGCACUGCUGGCCUGCCUACAGGACCUGGACCUGAACCUGUGCACCCCACAGCUGGCACCCCUGGGCACAGCCCUGCAGGGCCUCCAAGAGGACGCCUUGAGCAUGAAGCACGAGCCACCAGGGCUGCACGCCAGCUCCACUGAUGACAAGAAACUCACAGUCAAGUACCCACGGAACAAGGACAAGCUGGGAAAACAGCCAGAAAGAGCUGGCGAGGGGGUCCCCUGCCCAGCCUUCUCUCCUCAUGACAGCUCUUCCCCACCACCGCUGCGGAACAGAAAAAGCCCCAGCCCCUUGGCUUUCUGCCGCUGUCCCCCUGCCAACUCUAUCUCCAAGGAACUCCCAUGUCUCCUCCACACCUUCUACCCUGGAUACCCACUUCUCCUGCCUCCACCCCACCUGUUCACCUAUGGGGCCCUACCUUCUGACCAAUGUCCCCACCUCCUCAUGCUGCCCCAAGACACCUCCUACCCCACCAUGGCUAUGCCUAGCCUGCUGAUGAUGGUCAACGAGCCGGGGCACCCCAGCGCUUGGUGGGAGACCCUGCUUCCCUACCCAGGGGCCUUCCAAGCCUCUGGCCAAGCCCUGCCUUCCCAGGCCCAAAAUCCAGGUGCUGGAGCUGCCUCAACUGACUCCCCAGGCCUGGAGCGUGGUGGCAUGGCAUCUCCAGCAAAGCGGGUCCCGCUGAGUUCCCAGACAGGCACUGCAGCUUUGCCUUACCCGCUGAAAAAGAAGAAUGGCAAAAUCCUGUACGACUGCAACGUAUGUGGCAAGAGCUUUGGGCAGCUCUCCAAUCUCAAGGUCCACCUGCGUGUGCACAGUGGAGAGCGUCCAUUCCAGUGUGCCUUGUGCCAGAAGAGCUUCACCCAACUUGCCCACCUGCAGAAGCACCACCUGGUGCACACUGGGGAGCGGCCCCACAAGUGCUCGAUACUGUGGGUCCCAGGGAGAAACCACUGGGAAAGCUUCCAGGCCUGGAGGGAAAGAAAGGUGUGCCACAAGCGCUUCAGCAGCUCCAGUAACCUCAAGACCCACCUGCGCCUGCACUCGGGGGCCCGGCCCUUCCAGUGCAGCCUCUGCCGGAGUCACUUCACCCAGCACAUCCACCUGAAGCUGCACCACCGGCUACACGCCCCACAGCCCUGUGGCCUGGUGCACACCCAGCUGCCCCUGGCCUCUCGGGCCUGCCUUGCCCAAUGGCACCAGGGGGCACUAGAUCUUAUGGCGGUGGCAUCUGAGAAACACAUGGGCUGUGACAUAGAUGAGGUCAAAGUGUCCUCCACAUCCCAGGGGAAAGAGCAGUGCGCCUGAGCAGUGCCGGGACUCCCCGGUGAUGGGGCGGGGCCAGGACAAUUAAAAAUGUUUCUUCUCUCA